CGUAAGCUUUAGGCCGUAUCCGGGCAUGUACUAGGAAUGCUUUGUUCCGGAUCCGUCCAAAUGCACUCGUCGUAGUUUUUACACAAAUAUAAUAUCUAAUAACAAGAAAUAAGGUGUUUUAUUAUUUGAAAUGUAUUUCUAACGAAUGAAGCCGUCAUAGACAACUGUCAAAUAUGAAUUUCAUCCGUUCAUUUAGCUAACCAAGUCAUUUCAAAUUGUGACUUCGUUGUGUUGCAAAGUGACUGAAGAACGUGUGAGAAAACUCGUCUUUUUUGGCUGUAAUUACAAACAGAUUAAAAUGGAACCCCAAACCCCAAGUACUUCCAGAAGCAUGUUUGUCGGCUUGGAGGUGACUAGAACUCCUCAGGGAUCCCUUAUUCGGGGCAGAGAUGUAGUCUUGGAGACAUCUGGAUCAGGGAGGAUUAGACCUUGGCGGCCCCAAAAUUUAUCUGUGGAAGGCGAAGCCAUAGAGAUCGUGGAUGAGUUGGUCCAUGGCGGCGAAAAAGUAGCUGCUGUACCAGAGGAACGUACGAAAGGUCAGCCGCGUAAUCUUUUUGGCCGAGAACCUGUAAGUUUCAUUUUCAUAACACUCUUUGAAAGUAUAAAUUACUUGCAUUGAGAAAGGGAUUUUUAUUUAUUGCCGCUCUCAUCGUGCACCGGACUAUCUGAUAGAAAUCUAGUCCAUCCAGUAACUAAGGUAAUGUAACUAAGGGUGUUUGGUUUGUGCUUCAAUAACACAAUUCUGCUAAAAUUGGCAAUGCGGUAUGAAUGUAUUGUAACUUCAUUGAUAUAAAGGUGUUUGGUGUAUGCUCAAUAACGUAAUUCAGCGAAAUUGGCAAUAUGGCAUGAAUAUAUUGAAAGUUAAUUGAAUAAAAAUGAACAGGAAUCUCUAUUCCUGUUCAUCGUUGGGAUACACUAAUUAUUCCUUUUUAUAAAAAUAUUGUGGUUGGCAUCUCUAACAAUACCCGCUUUUGUUAUGUUUGUGUGUAUGCUUGCAUGUGGUUUAGGGUUUGGUUUUUUUAAUAGGAUGAAGACAUACUGGAUCCUGAGCUGGCUGAAGAAUUAGCCAUCGACUCUGGAAGUGAUGAGGAUGCCGAGGAAGAAUUGACUCUCGAUCAGUUACAGCAGAUGUUGGAAUCAGAUGACGAUUUUAUUGAAGAUGAAGUUAGUGAGGAGCCAUUGACUUGGUCAUCUGAUUUUAACGAAUUUAGAGGGGUCAGGGAGGACUUCAACGAAGAAGCUGGUCCUAAAAUUGAGGGAACAAGUCCUUUAGGCUUGUUUACUCAAAUUUGGGACCAGCCUCUGAUGGAUUCUAUUGUCCACGAAACGAAUCAUUACGCUUGGGAAACAAUAACCGGUUUCUUUGAAACCGGAGACUCCAUGCCAAGUAAAUCUCGCAUGAACGACUGGGUGGAAACUUCGGUUUCCGAACUAUAUAGGCUUAUAGGUGUGAUGAUAUUUAUGUCAAUAUGUGUAAGAAGUAGGUUAGAGGAAUAUUGGAUGACGGGUGUGAUGGGUAUGCCGGAGUUUCGAAAACUGAUGUCAAGGGAUCAUUACGUAAUGCUCUUAAAAUUUUUGCACUUUACUGAUAACAACAACAUACAUGUACAGGGGCGUGAUAAGAAAAUAGCUAAAAUAAAACCUAUUAUAGAUUAUUUAAAUAAAAAAUUCCAGUCCAUUUACGUGCCUCACAGAGAAGUAUCGAUAGACGAAUCGUUGCUGCUUUGGAAGGGUCAUUUAAGCUGGAAACAAUGCAUUCGUUCCAAAGCAGCUCGAUUCGGUAUCAAAAGUUAUGAACUCUGUGAGGCCGUAACUGGAUACGUAGUAAAUUUAAUUUUGUAUGCCGGCAAAGGCACGACAACUGCAGAAACGGUUUACGGGUUUACUACAUCCACUGCCAAAAUAGUCCUUGAGCUUUUCAAGAACUAUUUAGGCAAGGGAUAUACCCUGUUCAUGGACAAUUUUUAUAAUUCUGUUCCUCUGACCCAAUUUCUAAAAAAACAUAAAACUGACGUAGUCGGUACUCUGAACCGUCGCCGAAAAGACACGCCCGUAGAAAUCCAAAAUUUGCAGGAUAAAAGGAUGGCUAGGGGUAGUGUGGUAAGUAGACACUGUGGUGAUGUAUCCGUCAUAGCAUGGAAAGAUGUGAAGCUUGUCACCACUGUAUCUACUUACCACAAAACAGAUAUGGCUCCAGGGCACAGGGCUGGCCAACCCUGCUCCAAACCAGUCGUGGUCCAUGAAUAUAAUAAAUACAUGGGAGGCGUCGAUCUCAAAGAUCAAAAGCUAAGCAUGUAUUUAUUAGAAAGAAAGAGGGGAAUCAAAUGGUAUAUUAAAGUUUUUAGACGUCUUUUAAAUAUAUCUAUUUUAAAUGCAUAUAUUAUAUAUUGUGCUAACAUUGGCCAGCAUAAAAAAAUGACUCACCGCCAAUUUCGUUUCAAGCUUGCUGAAGAGCUCUGCUUAGAAUUCGGACAAAACGUCUCCUCACGUUCGCGCCAGGUCCCCAUCCCCACCUGUAGCAGGCUGAACAGGGAUUUUAAUCAUUUCCCUGUUCAUAAUGAGGUGACCGAGGAGCGAACCAAAAAACAAGAUAAAUUUAAGAGGGGACGUUGUGUUAGAUGCAGGCAAAAAUGUAACAUCGCGUGCAGUCAUUGCACGGUGUAUAUUUGUGUUGGCCAAUGUUGGCUUGAGUAUCAUACUUUAGAAAAUCUAUAGUUUGUAAAUUACUUCUGUAGUUACAUAUAUAUAAAAUAUAUAAUUAAAUAUUAUCUAUUUAUUUAUAUUAGUUAUAUAUUUAUAUAAAAUGUGUGAUGUAGUAGUCAACACACCAGACUGCUACUUCCAGGUCUCGGGUUCGAUCCCCAGUCAGGUCAAGUUGGUAAAUUAUCUUUUUCAUAUUGACUUCUGAUCUUGGGUGUUUAUCUAUUUAUGUAUACAUUAUUUUAUUUUUAAAUAUUAAUAUUAGGAUUAUUGUUUAAAAAUACUUUUUUCUCUUUGAUCCCUUCUUUCUUAGGACUGCACUGGUUUGGUCUACGGGUUAUAAGAUACAUAGAAUGAAUAUACAAAUAAAAUAAAAAAAAAAAAAAUUCAAAGCCCUUCAGGCGAGUAGGCGACCAAUACUGUUGAAAAGAGUUUCUUUCGGCGUUUCUUCUCUUGCAGUGGUCGGUUACGAAGCGCUAGUAGUCUUUAGCUUUGAAAGAAUUAAUAAUUUUAAAUUUGAGUUUUGAAUACAUAUCUAUUUAAUUUAUCUAAAUCGAUAAUUUUUACAUGUAAUUUGACGUAAAAAAGUGCCUACAAAGGCCUAUUUUCUGAAUAAACGUUUGAGUUUGGUUACAGUCGGCUUGAGCUCGAUCGAACGCAUGCGUGUUUUGAGUCCAAACAUGCUUUGUUUAAAAUUUAAGUUGACGUCAUUUAGAGACACUGCUGCAGUGCAGUUUGGUGCCUAUUCUUCUGUUAUCCUAUUCUUCACUUGCGCUUCUGAAUUUGUGUAAACUUUUUUGCAUAUGAAUAUUCUGCAGACUGUUUAAAUAACACCCUUUUAAAACGUUGUUGUUAUCAGUAAAGUGAAAUGAUGGGAAUCUAAAAUUUCGAUUCCUACGCAAAAUUUUUUUGUUUAAUUUGAAUUCAUAAUUCAUUAAAAAUAAGUAUUUUUUUUUACAAAACAACCGACUUCAACACUAUUCCCUAUCUCAAAAAUUACUGAACCGAUUUUGAUGAAAGUAUUUUUUUUCAAUAAGUCUUUAUAUAUUACAUAGUUCUUAUCAUUAUAGAUUUAUUGAAAAAAAAAACUUAUCAAAAACAGUUCAGUAAUUAUUUUUACAAAAUUGUAAUUUUAUUUUUAUUUUUUCAUUGGUAAAAAUAAUUCCUAGUAUGUACUAUGAAUCAUUGGUAAAAAUAAUUACUAGUAUGUACUAUGAAUUGAAUAGGUUUAGAGUAGUGGAAACCAAUAAACAUUGUACAUUUUUGUAUUCCAAUAAAAGAAACAUUUUAAUCAACAUUUUAUUUUUAUUUUUACAAGACACUCUUUUCCAAAUUACUAACGUGCACAACUAAAAACAAACAUCCUGUAGAUAUGCCCAGAUCCGACCUAAAGCAGUUAGACAAACAUUGACAGUGGACGGAUACGGCCAUCAGCAGUUAGGCGUUAACCACAUGCCGCCAUUUUGUCCAGAUACGGCCAUCAGCAGACAAGCAAGGCAAACAAGUCACGCACACAGACAUACAUUUUUCUAGUUUUUGGCUAUGGUUUUUCGCUCAUUUUCUCUAGGCAAGCUAUAUAUGUCUGAUAUAAAAACGAAACUACAAUUUUUCGUGUUUGCCACACUGCCCUUACAGUUGAGCAAAGACAAAUGUAAGUGAAUGAACGAGCCAAUUGAAAAAAUGAUAGUUUUCUAGGAUGAGACUGAAAAAUCCAAUGAAAAUACAGAAAAUGAUAUCGGAAACCGUGCCAGCAAGAGGUAGCCUUAAUGAGUGUUACUUCGCGAACAAAGGGGCGGCACUGGUGUUGGGCGGCUCGGAGUGGGGCUGCGCGGACCAGCGUCGAUCCCCGGCGCGAGCCCACCCUCAGCCAGAUAUACAGCACCACCUGCAGUCCAUGUUCUAUUUGCUCCGGCCCGAGGAAACGCUUAAAAUGGCGGUGAAACUGGAAAGUGCCCAUGCCGGCCGUACACGGUAUCUGGUGGUGGUCUGCAGACACGAAGAGGCGGCGUUGCUCGGCAUCGACUGCAAUGAACGCACCACAGUGGGACUCGUACUAAGGGUCUUAGCUGACACAUCUAUCAAGCUAGACGGCGAUGGAGGGUUUAGCGUGUGCGUGUGCAAUCAACAACACAUAUUCAAGCCGGUGUCCGUUCAGGCCAUGUGGUCUGCACUUCAGACCCUCCAUCGGGCCAGCAGCCGAGCUCGAGCCUGCAACCACUUCGCAGGAGGCACUUCGCACGCGUGGUGCGCCUACUACGAGAGCCAUGUGGACUCCGACCGCUCCUGCCUCAACGAAUGGCACGCCAUGGACUGUAUAGAGUCCCGCCGACCGCCGUCGCCGGACUCGCUUAGACUGAAGCCGCGAGAGCGAGAAGAAACGGAACGGGUGAUCCGCUGUACGCUGAAGGAAAUUAUGAUGAGCGUAGACAUCGACGAAGUGACCAGCAAAGUGAUCCGAGGGCGUCUAGAAGAGGAACUCGACAUGGACCUGGCUGAGUACAAGUCUUUCAUCGAUCAGGAAAUGCUUACUAUCCUCGGACAAAUGGACGCGCCCACAGAGAUUUUCGAUCACGUGUACCUCGGUUCGGAAUGGAACGCGAGCAACCUUGAGGAACUGCAGCGGAAUGGGGUUAGACACAUAUUGAAUGUGACUAGAGAAAUCGACAAUUUCUUCCCUGGCAUGUUUGAUUAUCUUAAUAUAAGAGUUUAUGACGAUGAAAAGACUGAUCUUCUUAAACACUGGGACAACACUUACAAGUACAUAAAUAAAGCGCGAAACGCAGGUUCGAAAGUGCUCGUCCAUUGUAAAAUGGGCAUCAGUAGAUCUGCAUCCGUCGUGAUAGCUUACGCAAUGAAAGCGUUCAAUUGGAACUUUGACAAAGCGCUCAAACACGUGAAAGCGAAAAGGAAUUGCAUCAAACCGAAUACUAAUUUUCUUAACCAAUUGGAAACAUACCAAGGGAUACUAGACGCGAUGAAGAAUAAAGAGAAAUUGCAAAGAUCUAAAUCGGAGACCAAUCUGAAGUCGCCCAAGACGGCUUUGAAAGUGGAAAGCAAAGCGACGGACCCUCUGCCCUUCGUGCUGGCGCAGUCGGCGCCGGCGCGGCCGCGCUCGUGGUCGCCCGACUCCCGCCUGGCCUGCGCGCUGCUGCCGCCCACGUCCGUCUCGCUCGAGAACCUCGCCUCCGAGACCCGCCACAUCCUCAUGCCCUACGCCAACGGCUCCUACAGCGUCUCGCCCAACCAGAUCAUCCGGCUCAAGGAGGAGGGUGCGCCCUCUGUCAAACACAUCGUCAAUGAAAUAGAGAACGCGACGGGAGAAAGGAAAGAUUGCAGUAGAAGGUAUCAAAGAUUAAACUUUGGUAAUCAAAACGAGCCUGGCAAUCCGAAGUCUUUCGAAGCGCUGACGACGACGCUGCCGCCAGUCGAUACGAAUAAAGUUCAGCAAGCUUCGCCCUCGCGAAAUACGAGUCACAAAUAUCCUAAUCCUAAUGUAGAAGAUGAAAAAAUUCACACGUGGGACCCCGGGGAGGCACCGUGGCGGGGGGAGGACACCGGAAGAAACACUAGUGAUAGUGAUAAUAUAGUGAAAAGUGACAGCGGUAUCAUAGACGUGAAGACGAAAACUAGUGACGCUUAUUCUAAUUUAGUAGAUCGCAAUAUCGAAUGCGAGGACAGACGGACCGCGGACGAGGACGCGCCGCCGCCCAGCAGACAGAGCUCGUGGAGCUCGUUCGACAGCGCCGUCGUGCCCGACCUCUCGCGGCACUCCUCCUGGGGCUCCUACGACACGCGCGGCCGCCCCGCGCCGCGCGACGACCCGCUGGCGCGCAUCCGCGAGCACCCGCACCACUCGUGUGCCAUACUGCAGGCGCUCGGCGGCGCCGCGCGCGCCUCCACGUGGAGCGGCCGCCUGUCCGCGUCCGCGCCCGCCGACACGUGGCUGCGCGCCGGGCUGCGGCGGCGGCGGCCCGCCUGCGCCUCGCACGGCGACCUGCCGCGCCGCUCGGCGCCGCCCGCGCCCGGGCUCGUCUCCAACCUGAAGAAGGAGUUCGAGGCGCGGUCGGGCGGCGCGGCGACGGGCGCGCCGCCGCGGGAGCGCGCCGCGUCGCCGCCGGAGGACGUGUCGGUGCGCGUGCUGGUGGGCCGCUACUCGGCGAGCGAGGCGCCGCGCAAGGACUCGCUGUCGAAGAAGAGCCGGCUGGCGGAGGCGAGCGCGGCGCUGCGCCACUCGUACUGCGGCGCGCGCUCGGCGGAGCGACCGCCGCCCGCGCCCACGGUGGUCUCGCUGGCGCCCAUCGACUACUCCGACGUGGUCGUCUCAACUGUGAUGUCGAAAGCUCAAAACAAAAAACAAUUACAACACGGGAAGACUCAUCCGUUGACGAGGCUCAACAUGAAUCGGUCGAAUAAUAGAUGUUCGAACCCUGUAUAUAAUACUAUGUAGAAGUAUUUAUGUUUUUUAUUUAUUAUGAAUUCUUGCCAAACUCGAUAUUUUAUCUUUCUAGAGUUUUAUAUACUAUUUACAAAAUGAAAUCACAGUGUAUUUGUCUAUCACGUAAAUUGUAUAAUAUGCGGCUGUUUGUGCGUAGAAAAAUAUUAAAAAGAAAGAAUAAAUUAAAUACAACAAAUGAUGUACAACUU